CUCAACGUCAGCGUGGACGUUUCCUCUCGUUUCGAAUCUCCUCGCUUCCAAGAUCGUCGAGUUCCUUCAUCUUUCACCUUUUUAAAAAACGAUCGUCGAUCGCGCGAAUGUCGGGGCAUCGUGAUAUCGUGGUGGAACUUUCAAGCGAUCGGCGGUGAUUCGUCGUCGAAAUUCCGGCCGUGUAUUCGACUCGUGGCGAGACGGGGAACAACAUCGGUGUGCACAGUGAGUUUGAUUAAUCAAUCGUGAAACGCAUUCAGCAAGAUUUCUUCUUCCUUAUUUGGAUGAGUUUCGGAACUUUCCGCAGACGCAAGGAGACUUUUUCACGGACACAAUGGGAACAAUGAGGAACAAUUUCGCGGCGGUCUUUGUGCUUCACAUCCUGAUGCACUUGACGAGUCAAUCCCUACGCGGCACCAACGAAAAUUCCUCCAAGAGAAACAGUUUGUCCGAACUGCGAUCGACGCCCUCCCCGAUCUACGAAUGCCUCUUCCUAGAUCCGGAUCUGCCCGUUUGCGACGAGAAAUUAAUGUUGAAGUUGGCGGAGGAUUCGUCGAGCGAUCAAGAUAAUUUUGGUAAAAAUAGUGGGCGACGCUCGACGAGAAACGUCGAUGUAUCCACGACGGACGUCAUAGUGUAUACCAUUGAGGGUUGUUUACCGUCUAAGAUACCCUUCUCGAUGCCUUCCUGCGAGGGGAUUUCCUUGGACAAGAUCGUGGAUGUGCAGAAAUUCCGUCCCUUCGUAGUGAAGGGAGUGACAAAGCCACCGUUCGUGUUCCCGAAAUUCAAUUAUCGCGAAUGGCAGCGUAUGAUGAUGCGGUUGCAGAAUCAUGUUUCGCCAGAGACGCAAUUCAAAGAAGAACAGCCGAUCGGUACGUCCGAGGAAGCGGCGUCGUCGUCGUCGUCGUCGUCGUCGUCGUUCGUCGAUCGAUCCGUGGUUCAGGAUGUAAGAAAGCAAGAGCUGAUGAAGGCGGCCACGAAGAAGGAAAUGAUGCCGAAUAUGAUUGCCGUUAUUACGACCAACUCGAACGACUCGUCGCCGAACAACACGCGCAUUCUUGAUAAUUCCAAAGUUGGGAAAUCGGUGGAUCGACCAGCGGCAAGGACGAGCGAGGAAUUUUCCAAUAUCGUGUCGCGGCCGGCUUCCACCUCUGCAAGCGUAGAAAAUCGAUCGAGUUUCCGAUUCCGUGAUCGGAUCGAUAAUUCGAAGGAAUCGACGUCUAACGAGUCCCCCGAUCGUCCCAAGUUCAAUGUUGGAGAAAAUUCCGAAAUUCCGAAUACACCGCCUCGCUACAACCCCGUCGUCCCUCCGGAGUUAUCUUCCAACGAGCUUCUAAACUAUCAUAAUUCCGACGAAUUCUCAGAAUCGCUUCCCAAAGGGAAGGAGAUUGAGAGUGCGGUCGAUAGUGGGAUUGCGCGCGAUUUCCCAUUCAAAAGAAUGAUCGUCGGAGCGUUGAGAAGAAGAAGGUUACCGACGCACAACACGGACCAAGCGUCGAACAAAUCGGACGAUAUAUCGCGACCACGAUUUCGACGCGGCCAACGCAAUUCCAACUCUAAUUGCGGGGAAGCAAAACGAGCGAUUCGAAUGUAUUAAAUUCGAUCGGCGAGAUGAUAAUAUAUUUGCGAAUUUCCUCUCAAAUAUCGCAAUUUCACGUAAGAACUGGAGGAUCGCCGCUGCCGAUUUUGAGAGAUAACUCGUUUUUGUGAGAAUGCUCCCAAUUCCGAUUCCUCGGACAAUUCCAUCAUUUGAGUGGCAGCUGCUCGAACUGCUUUCGAAUUACCACGAUUUUCGCGAUUAUAUUAAACAGCCGCCAAUUUAUUAUUUACGUGUUUCGCUCGUUUUUCGAUCGAUCUUCGUGCACGAAACUUUUUUUCGCGAAAAUUUUGUGGAAAAUACAAAUCGAUGCCUUAUAGAUUCCCCUCUCUUCCGGAUUAUCCCGAGGAAUCGAGUAUCCCGAGUUUAAUUUUUUUUUCCUUUUCUUUUUUUUUUUUUUUUUUUUUUUUUAGAUGGAGGACAUUUCAAGAAUUUGAUAGAUCAUUUAAUUUAUAAUUGUAGUUUUUUUUUUUUUUUUUUUAAUUUAUCUAAGCGAACGUAAAUGUCGUCCAGAUGAAAUUAUCGAUGUAAUUAUAAGUGUUAUUUAAACGUAAUAUAAUUCGUUAUUUAUUUAAGUAAAUUGAUCAGCAUAACAGAAACUUUCGUCCAUUUUCAGUUUCCCACACGUGUCAUUUUUGUAGCAAAAGUUACUAUUAUAUAUGGUACUUGAAGUGUCCUUGACAUUUAGCCUAAAAUAUUUCACAUCUUUUUCGCAUUCACUUUGUCCACUCUGUAUAUAAAACUCUUGCUACGCGUCAUGCGUUAGAAUUACGAAUAAUUACCAAUUAUCAAUUACUUGGUUAACCAAAAUGAUCGAAAGCAUCGAAAAUCGCGGGAAAAGUCACUUCCUCGAGAAAAGCUAUACUCUAUCGCGACGUAGAGAAGUAAACAAUGGCAGUGGAAUCUGCUAACUCGUCCCCGAUCUUGCUUGAAAUUUAGAAUGAAAUUUGUCAACGAAGACAAGCUGUCAAAUUGAAAAGAGAUAGGGUUAAAACCGGUUACCAGAAUCGAGAAUACCGAUGCUCCAUUUUUUUUUUCUUCUUCUUCUUCUUUUCCUUCCUUCCCCUUCCUCGGUCGUUCCCCAAUAUCGGUCCAAGCAUGGAAGAACGAAACGACUCGAUGAUGCCACGUUUCGACGUAACUUUUCUUCGCGGGAAGGAAUAAAAAUAUAUUUUUCGUUUCUCGAAUAAAAUUAAAUAAUUAAUUUCGACUGCGUUUUUUUUUUUCUCGAGAUCGUUCUCGACUAUCCAACAACUAUUCGGUUAACUCUAGAAAUAGUACACAAAUCUUCGAACGCUUGACAACAGAUUUAGAAUGGAGAACGUUGAUGCAAUUGAUAAAAUUAAAUUUGGUACGAGUAGGGACAAUUAAAUUGAAUAGAUUUUCAAGAUCUUGUUAUACAAUUAUUUUG